CUUAUAUUAAAUCUUGCAAUACCUUUAUCCAUAUUUAGAUCAUAGUGUGUUUUUAAAAGAAUAUUACAAUAUAAAAAACAAGGAAAUGACUAGGCAGCACCAAAUGCAUAUGACCCGUGAAUGACGGACAGCACCGAUUUUGGGCAUCUUGUAAUAGUAAUAACAAUUAAUUAUCAAUCAAAUCAACCACUUCGGUUUUGAUCAAGAAAUAAAAAAUGCAGUCGAGUCCGUUGCUUCUUGAGGAGCCAAUUCGAAUGGCUUCCAUACUCGAGUCAUCUAAGCCUAGUUUUUUUCCAGCGAUGACAAAGAUUGUUGGCACACUUGGUCCAAAGUCACGAUCAGUUGAUGUCAUUUCCCGUUGCCUUGAUGCAGGAAUGUCUGUUGCUAGGUUUGAUUUCUCAUGGGGUGAUCCAGAGUACCACCAAGAGACACUGGAAAAUUUGAAGGCUGCUAUCAAAAGUACCAACAAACUCUGUGCGGUUAUGCUAGAUACUGUGGGUCCAGAACUACAGGUUGUCAACAAAGCUGAGCACUCGAUUUCCCUUGAAGCUGACACAUUGGUUGUCUUAACUCCUGAUCAAAACAAAGAAGCUACUCCAAACCUCUUGCCAGUAAAUUUCAGUGGUCUAUCAAAGGCUGUGAAGAAUGGUGAUACUAUUUUUAUUGGCCAAUACCUGUUUACUGGAAGUGAAACAACUUCUGUGUGGUUGGAGGUCAAAGAAGUGGAUGGUGAUGAUGUCACUUGCGUCAUAAAAAAUUCUGCUACUCUUGCUGGAUCAUUGUAUACUUUACAUGUCUCUCAAAUUCAUAUUGAUCUUCCUACUCUUACUGACAAAGAUAAGGAGGUAAUAAGUACAUGGGGUGUUAAAAACAAUACAGACUUCCUUUCAUUAUCAUACACCAGACACGCUGAAGACGUUCGGCAUGCCCGGGAUUUUCUCUCUAAAUUAGGUGAACUCAAACAGACACAGAUUUUUGCAAAGAUUGAAAAUAUAGAGGGAUUGACACAUUUUGAUGAGAUAUUGAGAGAAGCAGACGGUAUCAUCCUCUCUCGUGGAAAUUUGGGGAUAGAUCUUCCACCUGAGAAGGUGUUUCUAUUCCAAAAAGCAGCUAUUUACAAGUGUAACAUGGCUGGAAAGCCGGCUAUUGUCACACGUGUUGUUGACACUAUGACUGAUAAUCUACGACCUACUCGUGCUGAAGCAACUGAUGUUGCCAAUGCAGUGUUGGAUGGCAGUGAUGCAAUUGUUCUUGGGGCAGAGACUUUGCGCGGAUUAUACCCUGUAGAAACUAUUUCCACUGUUGGGAAAAUUUGUUCAGAGGCAGAGAAAGUUUACAAUCAAGAUUUAUAUUUCAAGAGGGCUGUCAAAUAUGUUGGAGAGCCGAUGACUCAUUUGGAAUCAAUAACUUCCUCUGCGGUCCGAGCAGCCAUCAAGGUUAAAGCUUCGGUUAUAAUUUGCUUCACUUCAUCUGGAAGGGCUGCAAGGCUUAUUGCAAAGUAUCGACCUACCAUGCCUGUGUUAUCUGUUGUCAUUCCCCAACUAAAGACAAAUCAACUGCGAUGGACUUUCACAGGAGCUUUUGAGGCAAGGCAAUCACUCAUUGUGAGAGGUCUUUUCCCAAUGUUGGCAGAUCCUAGACAUCCAGCUGAGUCUAAAACUGCAACAAACGAAUCAAUUUUGAAGGUUGCUUUAGACCAUGGCAAAGCUUAUGGAAUCAUAAAGUCACAUGAUCGAGUCGUCAUUUGCCAGAAAGUUGGUGACUCAUCGGUGGUGAAGAUAAUCGAGCUUGAAAAUUAGAAUCUGCAUCAUUUUCAAGGCUGCAUUGUAAUAUAUCUGCUUCGUUUUAAUAUUUUAUGUUGCAUUUUGUAAUAAUAAUUUUUUGACAGGAAACAAAUGUCAAAGUAAUAAUCUAUACAACAUAAAAAUAAGAAUUAUUGCUUUUUUCUAUAAAUAAAAUGGUAAAAAAAUUCGCACACAA